AUGGAACGACACACUCAAAGAGUCAACAUCAAUCGGGAAAGCUUGCUUCCAAUCUGGUCAAAAGCAGUUAUAUAUUUAUUACAUGCCAAGGAGGAGGGCUGGCGGGCCCGCAGCCCCUUCAAACUGCUGCAGCUAGACGAGGCAUUCCAGCUGUUCCGCGGCGUGAGGCAAGGCGUGGAUUUCUGUGUCUCCUCCGGGAGUGAGCCUCAACCUCGCGGGGUCGGGGCCGCCGGUCUGCAUCUGGCUGUGGACCUGCAGACAAUGGCGCCCUUGCCCGGAGUGGUGCAGAUCCAGGGGGACAUCACCAAGGCGUCCACGGCGCAGGAGAUCAUCGGGCACUUCGAGGGCCAGCCGGCAGACCUGGCGAUGUGUGACGGCGCCCCCGACGUCACCGGGCUGCACGACAUCGACGAGUACAUCCAGGAGCAGCGCCUCCUGGCCGCCCUCAACAUCGCCAUCCACGUCCUGGAGCCCGGAGGCAACUUCGUGGCCAAGAUCUUCCGCGGCCUGGACGUCACCCUGCUCUACUCGCAGCUGCGGCUCUUCUUCCCCGAGGUGGUGUGUGCCAAACCCAGGAGCAGCCGCAACUCAAGCAUCGAGGUCUUCGCGGUGUGCCGGGGCUUCACGCUCCCGGAGGGCUAUGUGCCCAGCAUGCUGAACCCCCUGCUGGACCACAGCUACCGCGGGGAUUUCAACCAGCUCGAGGGCCCCACGCGGCUCAUCGUGCCGUUCCUGGCCUGCGGAGACCUCAGCGCCAAUGAUGUCGACCUGCAGCUGGAGGGGAGCCCCGAGUACCGGUACACGCCGCCGGCCCAGCCACCCAUCCGGCCGCCCUACCAAGAGGCCUGCAAACUGAAGAAGUCCGGGGGUCUGGGCCGUGGCACGCUGCAGCCCGGGGCACUUCCCGAUGCCCAGGAGCUGCUGGGAGCUGUCCAGCCCGCGGAGGCAGGCGAGCAGGCUGUGAUCCAAGCCCUGGGCUCCCUCUCCCUGGACCCCUAA